ACAGUACAGUAGAGUCUAUGGGAGGGAUGGCAUGGAUUGGUCUCAUAUCAGGCCAUCAUAUCUCUCGUAAAGUGACGUCAAAUUGAGUGUAACUUUAAAUUUAAUUGCGAAACGAGUUUAUAAAACACCAGACAAUCGGUGAAUAAAAUCUCAUUUCGGAUACAGUUUUAGUCCACACUUUUAGUCCCCAUUUAUUUCUCUAUCAAAUCAUUUGUCACUCAUUUUUGGUGUGAUUUUUGAGGAAAAAUUUCAUAAUUAAAAAACUGAUUGACAGAGAAAUUAUCGCUUAUUUCUCUAUCAAAACUCUGUUAUCAUUACUUAAAUUGUGAUAAAAUAUAUAUUUUAUAUUAAUUUGAUUUCAUAUUUGAAACACCAUUUGAAGACAUGUCAGCCGAACAGUUCCAGAAGGCCGUCGAAGACGUGAAGAAAUUGAAGACCAGGCCUACCGACCAGGAAAUGCUGGAGUUCCAGAAGGCCGUCGAAGACGUGAAGAAAUUGAAGACCAGGCCUACCGACCAGGAAAUGCUGGAGGUAUACGCCCUCUACAAACAGGCCACUGAAGGCGAUUGCAAUACUACCCGUCCGGGAAUGUUAGACCUGAAAGGAAAGGCCAAAUGGGACGCCUGGAACAGCAAGAAAGUUUUAAUUUACAGAAUAUAUGUUAAAUAUAAUGAUUUGUUUGCAAUGAUAGGUAUGUCCAAAGAUGAGGCAAAGUCUGCAUAUGUGACCCGCGCUAAGGCUUUGAUCGAAACUUACGGACUCUCAUAA